CUCGUAUGUACUACGCAAUACUAACUUAGCAGCAACUUCAUUAAACAAUCAGUAGCAUGCUACUCUUUGUUGAGGUUCGGGUCCUCUUCUUUGAUUUCAUAUCAGAUUAUUUUAAUUGUAACUGAACUCCCGACACUUCAGUUACAAGCUUGGGGAAAAAGUGACCUGGUCAGACAGAGUUUGAUACUAUGUCUAUCCAGCACUGUCUCACGGCACACCGUAAUGGUGGCCUGACAGGUUGUCACUUGAUCCUUGAUGUCUAAUAUUCUGUAAUAUCAUCGUAAGCUCCCAGCUGUCUAAGAACGAUUUAUAUGAAUGUAUUCUAACAUUUCAGGUGCUCCAAGAAGUUACUCCAAGACUUACUCCGUCCCAAAGACCCCUUACGACUCUGCUCGUUUGGACGCUGAAUUGAAGUUGGCCGGUGAAUACGGUUUGAAGAACAAGAGAGAAAUCUACAGAUUAGGUUUCCAAUUGUCCAAGAUCAGAAGAGCUGCUCGUGACCUUUUGACCAGAGAUGAAAAGGACCCAAAGAGAUUGUUCGAAGGUAACGCUUUGAUCAGAAGAUUGGUGAGAAUCGGUGUCUUGUCCGAAGACAAGAUGAAGUUGGAUUACGUCUUAGCUUUGAGAGUCGAAGAUUUCUUGGAGAGAAGAUUGCAAACCCAAGUCUUCAAGUUGGGUUUGGCCAGAUCCAUCCACCACGCCAGAGUCUUGAUUACCCAAAGACACAUCGCUGUUGGUAAGCAAAUCGUCAACAUCCCAUCUUUCACUGUCAGAUUGGACUCCCAAAAGCACAUUGACUUCGCCCACAACUCCCCAUACGGUGGUGGUAGAGCCGGUAGAGUUAAGAGAAAGAACCAAGGUAAGGGUGCUGAAGAAGGUGCUGAAGACGACGAAUAAAUUAUUUAAUAAUAGUCUUGUAUUUACUUCACCAUUUUUAAUAAAAUUGGUUUUCCAUCUUUCCUUUAGUUCUGUUUAUGUAGUUUAAUGAAUUUAUCAAUUAGAAAA